AUUGCGGUACAUGCGCAUAAGAACGCCCUUUCCUUUUGCCGCGCCAUCAUGUCUUCACGAUACUCAAGACCUCCAAAUACAUCCUUAUACAUUCGCAAUGUUCCAGAUGGUCUCAGACCUGAGGAACUUCGCACCUUGUUUGGUAAAUAUGGCCCAAUAAGUGAUGUUUAUGUUCCCUUGGAUUAUUACACUCGGAGACCAAGAGGGUUUGCUUAUGUACAAUUUGAAGACCCAAGAGAUGCAGAUGAUGCACUGCAUUACCUGGACAGAUCUAAGUUCUAUGGAAGAGAGUUGGAGAUUGAAUUUGCACGUGGUGACAGAAGAACCCCAGGUCAGAUGAGAGCUAAGGAGCGUUCUGCAAGACGACCACCUAGAUCCCCACCGUACAGGUCGCGCAGAUCACGUAGUUACAGCCCUAGGCACAGAAGCCCCAGCCCCAGAAGAAACCGCUCAUUUAGCAGAAGUCCAAGAAGGAGAUCAAGAAGUCCAAAAGAGAGUAAGAAGAGAUCAUACAGCAGGUCCCGCAGCAGGUCUCCCUCUCCAGGCUACAACAGAAAUAGGAGUCCUCCCAGGAGGUCCUUCAGUCGCUCUCGAUCUCGCAGUCCCAUUCCUGAUGAUGGUCCUCAUAGCAGGAGCCGCUCUCCACCUUGAGGAUGUCAUAUGAUCAAACGCACUUUUAUGUCUGUAAAUGUUUUAGACUGGAUCAUUUGAGCACAAGCAAUCGUGUAUAGCAUUUCCAUACAAGGAUAUCUGAGCAAACUGUAAUGAAACAUUCCUAUGCAUUGGUACGACAUCCCUGAAGAUAACAGUAAUUGUCAAAGCGCGAUAAGCAUCAUGCAUGGAAUUUCAUAUUACAGACAAUAUUGGCACAUUUAAUGAGAAAUUGCAAAAACUUUGUAUUUUUUGGAAGAUGGUCAAUUUUUCAACCUAGCAAAAUUGAAAUGAUAGCAAUGCUAUGAAUCUUUUAAACAAGGAAACCCAAGUUGCCUAGAGCACGAUGUAAUAUAUAUUAAUUUUACAUUUAUUAGUUGGGUAGAAAAUGUAAACAAUUUUAGGAUAGAUAGAUUUGUACAGUUCAGUUUUAUAUUGAUGUCUGGUAGUUUAGACAAAUUUAUUUAAUAAAAAGGUUUGAAAAAAUGCC